GCUGCUCCUGACCGCUCACCUGCUCCUGCCUCCCAGAGCCUACCACUGCUGCCCCCGCCGCCCCUCCCCCCUUCAGUUCUCCUCCCCCGCCCGUGCCCAGUGCUGGCAGAGGAGGAGAGCAUGGUGGGCUAGAGGAUGAGUCGGCCAGCAGACACAGAGGCAGUGGUCCCGAGUGGUCCCCACUGAUCGCCUCCCCCGCCCAGAAGAGGAGGAGGAGGAGGAGGAGGAGGAGGAGGAGGGGUUCCUAGAUAAUUGCCACAUUUCUUGUUUUCCUUCUCCCCCACCCCCUUCCCCGUAAUUACUUUGGUUGCCCGAGGGGAGAAGGAGCGACGGAGGAGCCGCCCGCCUGGUCCUCCCGGGUGCCCCACCGCCUGCUCCUUCCCGUCCCGGGGCAGGAUGACUGGAGUCUUUGACAAUCUGGUGGCUGAUAUGCACUCGAACCAGAUCACUGCCUCCAGCAGUUACCACCAACACCACCACCAGCACAGCGGCAGCGGCAGCAGCAGCACGAGUCUGCACAAGCCCCAGGAGUCCCCCACGCUGCCCGUGUCCACCGCCACGGACAGCAGCUACUACACGAAUCAGCAGCACGGGGCAGGGGGCAGCAGCGGCGGCGGCGGGUCCCCCUACGCUCAGAUGGGCUCCUACCAGUACCACGCCAGCGGCCUCAACACCGUCCCUUACUCUGCCAAAGCGGGCUACGAUCUGGGCUACACCGCGGCGUACAGCUCUUAUGGGCCCUACGGAACCAGCUCCUCCCCGGCCAACAAUGAGCCCGAAAAAGAAGAAUGCGAGCCCGAAAUCAGAAUAGUGAACGGGAAGCCAAAGAAAGUGAGGAAACCUCGAACCAUUUAUUCCAGUUUCCAGUUAGCAGCUCUUCAGAGGCGAUUCCAAAAGACUCAGUACUUGGCACUGCCCGAAAGAGCUGAACUAGCCGCCUCUCUAGGCCUCACACAGACUCAGGUCAAGAUCUGGUUCCAGAAUCGCCGUUCUAAGUUCAAGAAGAUGUGGAAAAGUGGAGAGAUUCCUUCAGACCAGCAUCCCGGGAGCAGUGCCUCUCCACCCUGCGCAUCACCUCCAGUCUCAGCACCAGCUACCUGGGAUUUCACCCCUCACCAGCGGAUGAACAGCGGAGGAGGAGGAGGAGGAGGAGGCAGUGGAGGUAGCGCUAGCGGAGGUGGAGGUAGCUCAGGCUCCAGUCCCAGCAGCGGUACUUCAGCUUUCCUAGGCAACUAUCCGUGGUACCACCAGGCUUCCAGCUCGGCUUCCCACCUCCAGGCCAGUGCACCGCUGUUGCAGCAUACUCAGCCCCCGCAGGCCCAUCACCACCACCAUCCCCACCACCAUCAUCACCACAGCAGCAGCAGCUCAGCCGUGAGCGCAGGGACGAUAUUUUAACUUUGGAAGAGACUGGGUGAGAGAAAGAGAGAGAGAGAGAGAGAGAGAGAGAGAGAGAGAGAGAGAGAGAGAGAGAGAGAGAGAGACUCCCCACAGUGGCUGCUGCCUACCCACAGUAUUUCUUUAUUCUUCUGUCAUCCCAGACCCCAGUCCACAAUCCCCUCUCCUUGAGUAAAGAGGGAAGGCACACCCCAAAAGCCCCUGCUCCUCUUAGGAACAGACUCUGGUGCUUUGAUAGCUCUUUUCCGUCCAACUGCCAAUGCAUUUGUAAAGUUAUGAGGCUUUAUGCCCUGUGGGUUUUUCUGUGUGAUACGUGGGGAAAGGACUUUGCUUAGUCGGGAUACCCAAGGGAAUUGGGGCUUCCGCCACAUUUCAGGUCAGCUUCCUUCUCCCCAAGCUCUCUUUCAAGACCGGAUUUACCAAUAACUCUCCACUCUCAGUCUUCUCUACCCCCACCUCCACCCCUGUCCUUAAAGGUCAGGGAACUUCUCCCCGAAGCUAUGAACAAAGUCCUGAAGAGUGAUGUUUUCUUCCCUCCUUCCCAGCUUGGCCAUUUCUCCCUCUCCCCAAGGGUUCACGCUGAAUUGCGUUGCUCUUUUCCAGAGUCAGUCGCUCAGCCUCCUGUUUUGCCUCCAACCCUUUCUCUUUCCUUUCCCUCACUCCCACCCCCCACAAACACACACUUGUGCGAGCAAAAAAGAAUCCUCCGUUAUAAACUUCAUUGUGGGCCCAAUUCUAUUCUUUUCCUUCCUCAACUUUCCCUUUCCUCACGUUGUCUUUGCCGACUUUUUUUUUUUUCUUUUUUGCUGUGGUGUGUGUUCCUGGCCUUCGUCCCCUUAGCUCUCUAGGAAAAAGCAUAGGAGAUCUCCACUCCUCCUCCUCCUCUUCCUCCUCCUCCUCCUCAUCCAUCACCAGUGGAGUUUUUUUAUUUUUAUUUUUUUAAAAGUUUAGGUGCCUUUGCGGAUGACCUCAUUUUGAUGUUAAAAAUGAUUUUUUUAUAUGUGGACAUUGCAAAAAAAAAAAAAA